GUGAAAUGGGAAAAAAUCACAUCGCAAACUUUCAUAACAUAUGGGUACACUUUCCUCAAUAAAAACCAGCUUAAAAGAUUUAUUAUAAAGAGAUAAGCACAACAUGAGGAGGUCAUUCGGACCAAUGGGUGGAGGGUUGAUGAACACGGUUCACAGAGCCGUCAGGGCUAGCUCCGGUGGUCAUGGCUCACCCCAAGAUCCCUUCCAUCAUUCUAGUUCGACCACUAGUCAUGAUAAUUACAUCGGCAUCAACUCAACCAAUUCAAGACCCACUAGCUCGAACAACCUUUCUUUUUCAUCCAACCAUUAUCCCUCACCUUUCUCCUCAGUAUAUCACCCUAACCGGCCAAAUUCGAUGUCUCCCAUGAACGCCGAGGAAUACGAUGAUUUCGUAUUUUGUACCGUUCCAUCAAUGGACGAAGUUCACCAUGCAAUCUCUUCUCUACAACAUGUUCUUGAUCCUUCAGCCGGUUAUCGCGAAUCAGGGUGGGAACUUGAUUGGAUCGAGCCCUCAAUAAGUAUGUCACAGUCUCGUGGUUCUCAAAGCGUAUAUGAUGCUUUCCGUUUACUGCAAACUGAUAAUUCUGUUAAGAGAAUGGUGAUGUCUUUAUCUUCUGAUAAAUCUGUUUGGGAUGCUGUUAUGAAUAAUGAGGCGGUUCGUGAGCUAAGAGAUUCGAUCUAUCAAGCCAACAGGAGUGUAUCAGGAAGAUCAGGCGUGGUUGAAUCUUCUGACAGCUCGAUUCUAGUUUCUGAUAUUCUACAGUGGAUCUUGAUCAACAUAAAGGCAAAGGUGACGGAGUUAGUUGAGAAAACCACGGAGAUAGUGUACAAGUUGUUUCAGGCACAAAGAAAUGAGAAGGUUAAAGGAGAUGCUGCUGCCAAUGAACCCUUUGAGAAGAAACUACAAAGUUCUUUCUUGCUUACAGUUAUGGUUCUCUUGGUAGUAGUCGUGAGCCGGGCCUCCAGAUUUUAAACUUGUAUUUAUGUGUGUUUCUAUAUACAAUUUAGUGCAAACAGUAUGGAAAAUGAAACUAUUUUAUACUAAUAGAAAACUCUGCAUAAGUUUCAUUA